AUGCCUUCUCUCCAAGACCUGGUCAACGAACAGCGAGCACUGGAAGAAGAAGCGUCUCAAGCGCUGCCAUGGUCAUUCUCCGAAUGUACCUACAACAAGGGUUACAUCCGUCAGCCAGUCUUCCUCUGUUUGACCUGUCAGUCGCCCCACGGCAUAUGCGCAGCAUGCUCUAUCGCGUGUCACGGGGAUCAUGAACAGGUCGAGUUGUUCCCUAAGAGAGCAUUCAGAUGUGACUGUCCUACCUCGUCCUUAUCCCAUCAAUGCACUUUACACCAGACCCUGAUGCCACCAAAUGAGAAGAACACUUACAACCAAAACUAUCACAACAAAUUUUGUCGCUGUGGGAGACAGUACCUGCCAAGUGAAGAACGAGAAACGAUGAUACAAUGCCUGGCGUGUGAGGAUUGGUACCACGAGAGCUGCCUGAACCUUCGGGAACGGCCCCCUCCCCGCUCAGAGGCACCCCCAAGACAUUCGAAAGCUGACGAUGAUGCCGACUCGGAUACAUCCGAUCUCCCUCCUGGCCUAUUGUCCGAAGACGAAUACGACUCGAUGAUAUGCGCAGAUUGCGUGCGCAAGAGCCCCGUGCUUCAACGUUGGGCGAGAACUUCCGGAGUCAAGCUUGUAGUCAGAGACAAGAGCGAAGCAUGGCGUGUUGCUCCUUCAGAAAGCCCACGAGACACUGUGAAGGAGGAAACGAUCGAUGUAGGCUCAACUGAGCAAACCUCCGCUGAGACCGAUGCUGUGGAAGACAAAGGCGCAGUCAAGCCGGAACAAGGGCUCUCUGGCAGCUCGGGAACCAAACGAGCAGCAGAUGAUGAGCUGCAGGAGGAAAGACCACUCAAAAAGCCUCGAUCCCUGUGUCACGCGCCGUUGCAGUCUGCGCUGUCCAGGUGCGUUUACAGUCCCGACAAUGACAACCCCGCUUUGGAGUCAGCGGGCGAUGUGUUUUUGAUGGACGGGUUUCGUUUAAGAUGGUGUCAAUGUCCAGAUUGUCUACCAGACUUCGGGGAUCAACAAUACCUGCUUCGUGAGGAAGAUACUUAUGAACCGCCAGACGAUCCAGAAGCACAUAUGUCCAUCGAAGAGCUCGGGAUGCGGAUGCUUGACAGGCUCCCGCGCGAUCGGGUCAUCGAUGGGAUCCACGCAUAUAAUCAGCUGCGGGAUCGUCUUACGACUUUCCUUCGGCCCUUCACCCAGGAAAACAAAGAAGUCCGACAGGAAGACAUUGAAAGCUUCUUUAGCGAGCUUCGAGCGGGUCGGUAGCAAAUCUUUCUUCGUGGAUCAAGAACUGCUUUG